CUCCAGUUAAUCCUUAAGACGAGGCUGCUCAGGUCUUCCCUGCUCCUCAGUGAAAGUCCUGCUCUGAGACACAAAGGAGUUUGUACCCUGAGAGCAUCAGGACAACAUGCAGAUUAACUCUGACCCUCAACACCGGACACCUUCACUGUUGCAGUGAUGUCAAUCCUCUGGUGUUUUCACCAAACUGGUGAUGAUAAGGACACUGAGCCGUGAGUGACCAGGUACAAACCACUAUGAGCGCUGACACUGCCUGCAGGGCGGAGCUGGACUCAGAGCACCACAGUGAGCUGGCCGACCAGGUGGCGGCCAUGAACGUGGCCGCCAACCGGAUGACCCCGCCCAAUGGAUACAGGACACACAGACCCCGUCUCUCUGACAGGAAGCUGUCACUGCAGGAGAGAGGAAGCCGCAUAGCCCGGCAACCAACCAUUGAGACCAAACGGGUGUCCAUCACAGAUGCUGAUGACUGUGUUCAACUCAACCAAUACAAGCUGAAGCAUGAAAUUGGAAAGGGUUCCUAUGGAGUGGUGAGAAUAGCUUAUAAUGAAGACUCUGAGCAGUACUAUGCAAUGAAAGUUGUAUCAAAGAAGAAACUGAUGAGACAAUGUGGAUUUUUGCGCCGGCUACCAAAUCAAGGAGCAAACUCACAGCAAGAUCCGUUCUCUAAAGCCGUGCUGCCUCUGGAGAAAGUGUACAAAGAGAUCGCCAUCCUGAAGAAACUGGACCAUCAUAAUGUUGUCAAAUUAGUGGAGGUGCUUGAUGAUCCUGAUGAAGAUGGACUUCAUAUGGCCUUCGAAUUGGUGACAAAAGGGCCGGUGAUGGAAGUGCCUACAGACAACCCUUUCACAGAGGACCAGGCUCGGUUUUACUUCAGAGAUGUCGUCCUUGGAAUAGAAUAUUUACACUAUCACAAGAUCAUCCACAGAGACAUUAAACCCUCCAACCUGCUUUUGGGAGACGAUGGUCACAUCAAGAUCGCUGACUUUGGUGUGAGCAACGAGUUUGAGGGGACGGACGCCCUCCUGUCGAGCACAGCUGGGACCCCGGCCUUCAUGGCACCUGAGAUGAUGACUGAGCACGAGCAGAGCUUCAGCGGGAAGGCAUUAGACGUGUGGGCGAUGGGAGUCACACUUUACUGUUUUGUCUUUGGAAAGUGCCCUUUUUAUGAUGAAUUCAUUGUGUCCCUGCACAAUAAGAUCAAGAACAAACCUGUGGAGUUCCAAGACAUGCCAUUGAUAAGUGAAGAAUUAAAGGACCUCAUUCAAAGGAUGUUGGACAAAAACCCUGAAACUAGAAUCACCAUCCCUGCAAUUAAGCUCCAUCCGUGGGUGACGGAGAAUGGGUCAAAUCCACUUCCUUUGGAGGAGGAGCACUGCACAGCAUUGGAGGUCACUGAGGAGGAGGUGAAAAACAGCAUCAAACUCAUCCCCAGCCUUUCCACUGUGAUUCUGGUAAAGUCCAUGCUGAGGAAGCGGUCUUUCAGUAAUCCCUUUGAGUGUCAGACCAGACGGGCAGAGAGGUCCAUGUCUGCCCCUGGAGGUCUUCUUACAGGUUCUUGGGGCUUAUUGGGGUCUUCACCUCUGCUUCAUCCUUCCUUGAGGAAAAUCAGCAACGAUGGGAGCAGAGAAGGAGAGUUAGAGGACUUGUAUGAAGAUGAUACAUUUACAGAAUGAGCAGAUUAAUCUGUCCAAGAAAAUAUUUUACAAAGACAAAGGGCAAGCAACAUUUGUUUUCUACUUUCUUUAUACCUCUGUCUGUCUUUUUUUUUUUUUUAUUUAGCUUUUGCUUUUGCUUUUGCUUUUGCUUCCAGCUUGCUUAUAUGUGCUCUUGUGUAUUUAAUAUUGAUGAAUAAUAGAAAUGAAUUAUUGUAUUUUAUUAAUCAAAUGAUAACAAUUCA